GGUGCUCGCAACUCUCGCGAUAAAAAGAAAGCGGCGGCCGGCAGUUUCCUCUAUUUAAAAGGCGAGUAUAGCGGGUUGUUGUGAUCAGUCAUAUGACUUGUUAGAAAGAAACAUGGGUGUGCUGCUGAGAUUCGGGAUGCUCAUGAUCGCGGCAUUCGCUUGUCAAGCGAGACCGGAUCGACGAGUCGACGUGCCCGAGCUUACAGACUCGCAGUACGGCUCUCUUUGGCCGCUGCCGCAGCAGGUGAAGAUCUCCCCGGUUACUUUCAGCCUCAGCAGUUCAACUUUCCAGAUAGUCCAUUCUGCGAAGUCAUCAGCCGGUCCGGGCUGCUUCCUGCUGCAGAAUGCCUUCCGCAGGUAUUUCGACUACACAUUUGGCUACUCGAAGAAGCAAUGGAAGGGCAAGGUAGAGAACACCCCAGAAGUGUCCGAGCUACAAGUGUGGAUCACCUCCAGUGAUCCGGAGUGUGAGGAGUACCCCAGCGUGACAUCUGACGAGUCCUAUCAGCUCAGUGUUGGUGAAAACACCGCAGUAUUGACAGCAGCGAAGGUGUGGGGUGCCCUGAGAGGACUGGAGACGUUCAGCCAGCUGGUGUAUGAUGAUGAAUAUGGAGCAAAGACCAUCAACAAGACGGAAAUUCAGGACAUUCCCCGGUUUGCCCACCGCGGCAUCUUGCUGGACACCGCCCGCCACUUUCUGCCCCUCAGAGUCAUUCUGGAGAAUCUGGAAGCCAUGGCCAUUAAUAAAUUCAACGUUCUUCACUGGCACAUUGUGGAUGACUCCUCCUUCCCCUAUGAGAGUUCCGCCUUUCCAGAGCUCAGCAAUAAGGGCUCCUAUCAGCAAUACACACAUGUGUACACUCCUACGGACGUGAAGAUAGUCAUUGAGUUUGCACGGAUGAGGGGGAUCCGUGUGGUAUCAGAGUUUGACAGUCCAGGACACACUCAAUCGUGGGGAAAAGGUCAGCCAGGACUCCUGACUCCCUGCUACUCUGGAAGCGUUCCGUCCGGCACCUUUGGGCCUGUCAACCCCAUCCUCAACUCCACAUACGAGUUCAUGGCCCAGCUCUUCAAGGAAGUGGGCCAGGUGUUCCCUGACGCUUAUAUUCACUUGGGUGGAGACGAGGUGGACUUCACCUGCUGGAAGUCAAACCCUGAUAUUCAGAAAUUCAUGCAACAGCAAGGAUUUGGUGAGGACUAUACAAAACUCGAGUCUUACUAUAUCCAGAGGAUCUUGGAUAUAGUCAGCAGCACCAACAAAGGCUAUAUGAUUUGGCAGGAAGUAUUCGACAAUGGAGUAAAGCUCAAACCCGACACAGUCAUCCAGGUGUGGAAGGGCAAUGAGCAGAAGUACCAGAGUGAGCUGGCGUCCGUCACAGCUGCAGGCUUCCGUGCCUUGCUCUCCAGCCCCUGGUAUCUGAACCGCAUCUCCUAUGGACAGGACUGGCAACAGUUUUACAAGACCGACCCUUACAACUUCAACGGAACCGAUGCCCAGAAGAAGCUGGUAGUAGGUGGAGAGGCUUGCAUGUGGGGAGAAUUUGUAGAUGCGACCAAUCUCAUGCCACGGCUCUGGCCUCGUGCCAGUGCUGUUGCCGAGCGACUGUGGAGCAGCAUGGAUGUGAAGGACAUCAAAGACGCCUACAGCCGGCUGACGGAGCAUCGCUGCCGCAUGGUGCAACGUGGGAUCCCAGCUGAACCCUUGUUUAUCGGAUACUGCAAAAAUGAGUACAGAGGCUUGUAGGUUGUACAGAUUACAACAAUCAGUAUUCAAUAUGAUCAAAUCAAUGUUCUGCUUGUGCAGUUUUUAAUGUGACAUUUUUCAAAUUCUAUGAAAGUCAAUUGUACAUUACUUGUACUGUAAUCAUUCAACUGUCUCAAAUAAUUGGAAAUAAAAGAAAAUUAUAGACAA